GUAUCCUGAAGCAAGUUAAAGAUUAUAUUAAAGAAUGUAGCAAAUGCCAGGAAAAAUUAGAUCGUUCUAGAUCAUUGUCAGACCCUUCUGAAAUGCUGGAAGAGCUAGGAUUGGAUGCAGUUUCUCAUGAAGAUAGUAAUGAAACAGAUGAUGAAAUAAAUAAUUCCACGACACUGCCAGCAGCAUCACCAAAACCAGUGAAAAAGAAACCAAUAGCCAAGCAUGAACUUGUAUUUGUUGAUAGUAAAGGCCUUGUGAAACAAUCUUCUCCAAAACAUUCUCAAUCAGUUUUGAAUCAGUUGAACCAACAGCGGCUUUCUAGUCAGUUCUGUGAUGUUACCUUGCUUAUUGAGGGAGAAGUGUACAAAGCACACAAAUCUAUUUUGGCAGCCAACAGUGAAUACUUCAGAGAACUUUUUAUUGAAAAGGGAGCUGUUUCCAGCCAUGAAGCAGUAGUAGAUCUUUCAGGAUUUCGGAAGGCCAGUUUCCUCCCUUUGCUAGAAUUUGCUUAUACUUCAGAAUUAGUUUUUGAUUUUUGUAACAUGGCAGCUGUAGCUGAGCUAGCUCAGCAUCUUCUCAUGACAGAGGUCUUGGCAAUCUGUGAAAAUGUACACAAGCAGAUGGAAGAUAAACAAAUCACCGUAUAUCAAAAAGGAGAUGUACAAGUAGUAGAGGUAGCUCAAACUAUUUCAGAGCAGAAUGAAAUUGAAGCUAAUCCUGUUGCCAGCACUGAGCAAGCAAUAGCUACCGAAGAUCCAGGAGCAACGGUGAAUGGAACAUCUUCAAAUACUGAGGCAGAAGAGAUGACUGUGUGUGAAACUGCAUUGGAAAUUGUUUCAGAGCCUCCUGCAAAGAAUCUUCCUGAGCUCCCGGUCGAUACUCCUGCUUUGGAAACAACAGAAAAUGAAGAGAAAGCCCCAGUAGUGGAAUGUUCCACAAAUCAAACUAUAACUGUGGUACAAACUGAACCUUCAGUAGCAGAGCAAGUUAUUAUUAGUACUCAGGCUGAAAAUGAGGCUGAUCAAAAUAUGAAUGGAGAUCCAAAUGUGAACAGCGAACUUAAUGUGAGCAGCGAAGCAAAUGCAGAAGUUGAUGUUGAGGAUUCCCAGGAAGGGCUUAAGCGAAAACGUGGUCGGCCUUGUAAAAUGCAGGACAUUCCAGAAUCACAACCGGAGACCACAGCUCUUAGUCAAGAUGAUACUUAUAAAAGCAAGCUUCGCCAGCGAUCUGUUAGUGAGGGUGGCUAUAUUCGACUGCACAAGGGUACUGAAAAAAAGCUGCAGAACAGAAAGCCAGGCCCCAAAUCAGCUAUCCAGCAGGUUGCUAUGAAGCUAGUGCAAAGAGGCAAGAAGAUGAAGCAACCCAAAAGAGAGAUUAUAGAACACAGUGAGGCAGAAGCUCAGCACAAAUGCAGUGAAUGUGGGAUGAUUUUCCAGAGACGCUAUGCUCUUAUAAUGCAUACAUUGAAGCAUGAGAGGACGAAAAAUUAUAAAUGCCCACUAUGCAAAAAAGAGUUCCAGUACGGUGCUUCACUGCGAGCUCACCUUGUUCGUCAUACCCAAAAAAAUGAAGUGACUGUUGCAACUGCUAAUAUAGAAGAAAGUGGUGCUGCCACGAAAGGAAGAACUAAGCGAGAAUUUAUCUGUGAUAUAUGUGGAAGAAGUUUACCUAAACUCUAUUCUUUGCGAAUCCACAUGUUGAAACAUACAGGUGUAAAGCCACAUGCAUGUAAGAUUUGUGGAAAGUCAUUUACCUACAAACAUGGUUUAAAGAUGCACCUUGUGUUGCAUGAGGCACAAAAGCAGUUUAAGUGUGAAUCGUGUGACAAGUCCUUUGUCACAAAAAGAAGCCUUCAGGAGCAUGUAAGCAUUCACACAG